AUGCCUCUCCGGCUCGACAAUGAUGUAUCGGCGAAGCAGGUGGCCGACAUGAGCAUUGCCGUCGUCAAUGGUUGGUACAGCUAUUGCAGCGACGAUGACAACAGCCUCAAGGACAAGCUCGUCAUGCACAUCUGGGAGAAAACCGCCUUUGUGGCCUUCGCCAUCAACGCAUUGAACGACUUCUUUUCGAACCCAUUAACUCGGACGCUCUGGAAGAACGAAGCUUUCGCCACGACGAAGGAGCUGGUCGAAGCUUGCUGGAGUCUGUAUUCCGAGCUAAACACUUGCCUGGAACGAGCCAAAGACGAGAAGCCUCCGUGGCCAUUCCGGCAUAUGAGUGUCGAGGAGAUUUGCGCCAAGGUCGAUUGCUUGCACAGUGCGCUGGUACUGCUCCGCUCGGUUCUUGAGAAGGCUUCGCAAUGCGGCUCAGGAACGCCGGACGCGCGAGAUCUGCGAGGAAUUCAGCAUCGCCUGGAUGACGUUGCUGCAUGCGUCGUAGAAUACGAAAAAGUUCUCUUUGGCGACCUGUCGAACUAUUCGCCGGUGGAACGACGAGUCACUUCUUUCAUAGACUUGGGCAGUGCAGCCAGAGCUUCCCGCGACGCCCGCUUGACCAUGGAGACUGUCGAGAUCUGUCUUCCCCACACAGAACACCCUUGGGAUUCGAUGAAUUGGCGGCCUGAUUUGGACACACUGAAGGAGGGAAGACCCAUGUCCCCCGACCCAGCACAGGACGAUAACUUGAUUCCGCGUUCUUCGUCGGAACUUGACAAGUGCAUAAUCUAUCUCGAAGAGCUACUGCAGCAGCUGAAGGUGGUUCAGAAGUCUGGGGAUUCUGGGUCGCCACAGGAUUUUGCCGCGGAGUACGCGCAGAUGAGAAAAGCACUUGACAGUCUGAUUCUUGGCGAAAGAGAGCAGAAGCCCCCUUCAUCCAGGAGACAAUCGUUCCAGAUCGCACCGGUGAAGGCCUACCUCCGUCGCGCAAAGUACUCCUGGAAAGACUGGCUCUUGCUGGGACCCAUCAUGAAGCCCAAAAAGGAAACCUUUACAAUCGCCGAGCUGCACGAGGGUGGUCAAUGUCCUUUUCCGAGCUGCGGUGCUCAUUCAUCACACUCGAAGGAGGCCGCACAGUCAGACACGCAGGCAAAGCAGGAGCAUUUCAACGAGAAGCGGGUGUUCGAAAUCCCUGAAGGCGUAUCGAACAACACCGCCACGGUGCCCGGAGAAGAUUCGACGCCGCCCGCCAGAUUGCUCACUCCCGCGCCCAGCGCGCCACCCAAUCUUUCCUUCACGACCAUCUACACGGAAGAUGACGAUUCGUCGUCCUGCCACUCGUGCUCAUCCCACGAGUCUGCUUCCAGCUUCUGCGUGGUCGGCGAGGGUUCCUCAAAAGGGCAAAGCCCCUCGCUUGCCAAAGAGGCAUCGCAUUCGACAGCGCAGAUGCCGUGGGGGCUACCCGAAUGCAUUCGUAGCAUGCCAAAAUCAGCGACCGAUGCGGUGCGUCUGUGGACGACGCUGCCGGAGUGA